CGAGACUUUCGACGAUCCUGACUCUUUCUUUGCAACUCGGGUUCCAGUUGUGGUGUAUUAGUGAAGUUGGUGUGCACAUAUGUGCAGCGUCGUGUUCAGAGAGGCUCUGUAGCUCGGAUGCUUUGGAACUGCGAUGAGUUCACAUUUUAAAAGCAGAGUGACGAUGCUGGGCUGUGCGCUCGUAGAAUUCAGUUUGUUUUGGAUGAUGGUUGGGUAGGUUUUGUUAUGAGUUGCAAGUUAGGCGAGCAAGACACGUCCAGAAGUUCUUCCAGGGAUUGGCAGGAGUUGGUGGCAGAAGUCAGACUUGAGGGGGUGGAAUUGGCGGCAGCCAGUGCACAAUGUUCAGAUCAUGAUGUUGCUCUGCAUCGACGAUUCGGUACCAGAUACAGCGUUCUUUGUGAGCCUUUGAUGAAGAUUAACGCCACAAUUUGCUUUUGUCCCUAGUUCGUAAUUCAUAAUACUGGCUUUAUCCUCGCGAGACAGGUCUAUUAGCCUGGGCUGGUUCCAGUGAAGUGACAGGUCGAGCGUAUUGGGAGUGAAUUGGGGGAUGAUGAUUAGGAGAUGAUCGCAAGGGUGCUCGGGAGUUGGUCUGGUACAUUUUCCGAGGAGUGAAUAGAUUGGAGGGCGUGUUUUAUGUAAGAGCGUGCAAGGGUAGGUUUCCGUGAGAUCGUUGAUGCACUGGAGUGCGACUUGAUCUGGAGGCAAUUUGGAAGUUGUGGAGCGGACAGGAAGGGGGUGUGAAAGUGAAUCAGUAAGAGUGCGGGAGCAGCAGGAAGAUAGGAGGCAGCGGAGAGGAUGGCGAGCCCUUUUCCCAACGAUGGAUCGUUUUUGGAGAGGUUCAAGCAGCUGCAGCAGGACGGUCCCUCGAAGGCCGACACAAGCGGUCCCGUGGUGUUGAAGAAUGUGAAGUCGUCAAAAGCGAGCUCGAACAGCAAGGGUGGAGGUGGAUCAGCGUUCGGAGGGCCCAGGAAGGGAUCUUUACCGAACGGGAAGCUAGCAUUCAGUCUAAAGCAGAAGUCGAGGUUGGCGGUGAACGCAAUCAAACUUGGAGAAGACGAGGACGAGGAGGAAGACGGGGAUGCCCAGAGACAAGCCAAGAAGGUGAAGACGGAGAGCGCGUCGAAGGGCAAAUCACCGGAGCCGAAGGAGUCGGUUCCUGCUCCUCCAGCAGACGGAGAGGUGAAGAAGGUGGCGGAUAAGCUAGCGCUGUUUGUAGCAAAGAACGGGCGGCAAUUCGAGGAGGUGACCCGUGAGAAAAACCUUGGCAAGGGUCCGUUCAGUUUUUUGUACGAUACGGAGUGUGCGGAGUAUAAGUACUACGAGUAUCGGGUUGCUCAAGAGGAGGCAGUGCUGGCAGGCGAAGCGGGUGGAUCGCAGGCAUCGCAGACAGGAAGCAGUGGCGCGAAUCAGGGUAGCUCUCACAGGCAGUCGAGUGGAGGACAGCAGCAGAGGUAUCAGACACCAGCUUCGGCAUUGUACAGCGGCGGCAGUGAGCAGCAUAAGGCAGGUUAUUCACCGGGGCCUUCACAGGAGUCGGUGCAAGGGUUGGCAGAUCGAUACAGCCAGCAGGGUUAUGCAAAUGAUUCAGUGGCAAUGAUGGAGUUUUACAUGAAGAAGGCAGCGCAGGAGGCGAUACGAAGACCUCCGAAGCAGUCGAAGGAUGAGAUGCCUCCUCCUCCGGGGCUGCAUCCGCCAGGAUCAGAUAGUUGGAAACACGAAGAAGCGGGUGUGGCAGAAGAUGCACGUCCCAGCUAUGUAACCCCUAGCGUAGGGGUGGUCGAGGAUGGUGGCGCAGGUUUAUAUCCUGACAAAACUAUCUGAAUACAUGCAUGGAUGUGGGGUAGAGUAUGUAGGUUUUCUUGCGCAUGCAUGGGGGAGGCG